UUAAAAGUCGAUAAUACACCAUCGUCCCAUCUAUCGAAGCUUUUCCCACGAGCUUACACUACGACACCACACCCAUCAUCCAUCCACUCAACCUCAACCACAAUGUCGAAGCCAGUGCUCCCCCAAAACGACAAUGUCGCCCACGCCCUCGCCGGUGCCGGUGGUGGUCUCCUCUCCAUGGCCCUGACCUACCCCCUCAUCACCCUCUCCACCCGAGCCCAAGUCGAAUCCAAGCGCGCCGACUCGGCCUUCCUCACAGCCGUCCAAAAGAUUGUCGCCCGCGAGGGCGUCUCGGGCCUCUACUCGGGUCUCGAAUCCGCCCUCUUCGGCAUCAGCGUCACCAAUUUCGUCUACUACUACUGGUACGAGUUCACCCGCGCCUUCUUUGAGGCCGCCGCCGAAAAGGCCGGCCGCGCCUCCAAGAAGCUCACGACCGUCGAGUCCAUGAUCGCCGGCGCCAUCGCCGGCUCCGCGACCGUCAUCAUCACGAACCCCAUCUGGGUCGUCAACACCCGCAUGACCACCCGCGGCGGGAACAAUGCCAACAAGGGCAAGGAAGCCGGUGCUUCCACCGAUGAAGAAGCCCAGGUUGCGAAGCCCAAGAAGGCGCCCUCGACUAUUGGCACCCUGCUUGCGCUCAUCAAGAACGAGGGCCCCCAGGCGCUCUUCAACGGCGUCAUCCCGGCGCUGGUGCUCGUCAUUAACCCGAUUCUGCAGUACACCCUCUUUGAGCAGAUGAAGAACACGGUCGAGAAGAAGAGGCGGGUCACGCCGACCAUUGCCUUCUUCCUCGGUGCCGCGGGCAAGUUGUUUGCGACCUCGGUCACGUACCCGUACAUCACGGUCAAGAGCCAGAUGCACGUCGCCGGCAACGGCGAGAAGAAGGAGGGCAUGUCCCAGGCUAUUAGCAGGGUCAUCCGGGAGGAGGGCUACGCCGGUCUUUACAAGGGCAUCGGCCCCAAGGUCACCCAGAGUGUGUUGACCGCCGCAUUGCUCUUCGCCUUCAAGGACGUUCUCUACGAGCAGACCGUCAAGCUCAGGACGAUUGCCGCCAAGAAGCGCGCGUAAAUCACGUCAA